AAGACAUGCCUCGAGGUCGCAGUGUUAAACGAGGCUUCCGACCAUCUCAUGCGCCGGUCCAAACAAUGCUUGUUCCAAGCCAUGCUGAAUGUGCUGCCACAAAUAAAGAUGAAGAGAUGAACGAACUUGACGAAAACAAAGCACCAAAAUUGAAUCCACAUAAAUCUAGCCCCAGCAAAAAGUCAGAUGAAUGUGGGGUAGACGUUUAUGAAGACGAUGACGAGCUUGAAGAUUCUGAGUUAGAAAACAAUACCACCGGGAGGCGUCUGGUCGAGGGUGAUAUCGAUGUGGAUGAUGCUGAAAGUGAAAGUGCGGAGGAUGAACCUGUUGAAGAAGAACCUGAAGAUACUCUGACGCCUGCUGAGAAAGCCUCGCAAAUUUGUCGCCUUCCUGCAAAAGAACUUUGUACAGAAGAAACUCAAAUGUUCCCUUUUUUAGAAAGUUCUUCAAAUUCUUUAAAGGAGUCAUAUAUUGCUGUCCGAAAUCUUGCAUGUUUAAUGUGGUCAGAAGACUCGUGUACACAGGUUACGCCUAAUAGGCUGUUCAUAUACGUGAUGAAUAAUAUGUCAGUCGAGAAUCUACGGGUGAUGAUCGAUUCUGGUUUGACUGCUCCUUUACCAGUACACCAAGGAUCCAACUCGUCUGCUUCUUCUGUUUGUGAGGAAAACAUUUCUGGUGUCGGUCGUGUCAGACAUAGCAAAGAGCUUUCUCGAUCUCUUCAACGCCAUCUAACAAGUUUAACUCUCCCAAGUAAUUACUCACCCUGGGGUACGCCUACUGCAAAAGCAAAUUUGGAACGGAUGACUUAUUUAGUUGUUUUGUUCUUGGAAAGAUAUGGAUAUAUCAACUUUGGCAUAUUUAAAAUUAUAUCUCCACCCUUAACACAUGUGAAUUCAUCUCGUACUGCUGAUCCUGCUACCACUGCAACUUUCCCAGGAUCGCCUAUGGAAAUCUUAGACAAAUCAGAUGUCCAACUAACACCCAGAAGAGCUGCAGCUGAGAAAGCUCUAGCAGCAACGCGUCGUGCUAACAAUUCUCCUUCUGCCAGUACAUUACCACUUAGUUCAUCAUCUACGUCACUGACAACUCCUCAUUUUAUUAUAAUUGGUGCUGGUAUUUCUGGCCUAAUUGCAGCAAGACAACUGACUUAUUUUGGUGCCAAAGUUACUAUUUUAGAAUCUCGUGAUCGUGUUGGAGGUCGAAUAUGGACUUGUAGAAAAGGUGGAUAUCAAGCUGAACUUGGGGCCAUGGUUGUCACAGGUUUAUCUGCAAAUCCUGUAGCUAUAUUGGUACGUCAAUUAUCAUUAAAUUUGCUUCCAAUCAAUACCGAUUGCUCGCUAUAUGACUCACAAGGUCAUUUAAUAAACCAUGAUCUUGAUGAACAAAUUGAAGAAGAAUUCAAUCGCCUUCUAGGCACAGCUGCUUAUGUAUGCCAUUCUAAAGGAUUAGAUUCAUUAGUUCUUGAUUCGGGCGUUGAAAUUCCUUUAUCAUUAGGUCAAGUUAUUGAAUUGUUAAUUAAAUAUCAAGAAAAGCAUAAAAUACAGUUGAAAAUAACACAUCGUAAAUUGAUCUCACAAUUAUUAGAUCGUAAAAAUUCUCUCUUAGAUCAGAUGGUUAUUGAACGUAAAAAUAUUGAAGCAGCUUAUGAAAAGUGGCAUUCAGCAUCAAAAGCAUUAAAUAACCAAUCGUCACCAAUCCAUCACUAUACUCAACAAUCUAAAACACAAAAUCCUACGCAAAAUAAAUCUCGUGUACGCAAUGAUUCAUCAUGUUCACCUCGUUCCAGUAGUACUGAACUAGAUGGAAAACUAGUCAUUGAAUCAGCUUCAUCAAAUGGAUCACAAAAAUCAGCUGAUCUAUCUCAACGUCCUUCGUUACCAGUAUUUAAUGUUAGCGCUCAAUUCGAAGUUCGCCAGUUACUUAGUCAUUUACAUGAAGCUUGGAAGAAAUUUCAACCACUUCAAAUUGCCCUGUCUCAAGUCAAUAAGCAAUUAGAUAUAUUACUUCAAGAACCACCGAAAGAUAUGUAUUUAACCAAAGAAGAACGUUCUAUACUUGAUUGGCAUUUAGCUAAUUUGGAAUUUGCCAAUGCUACAGAAUUGCAUAAUUUAUCAUUACGUCAUUGGGAUCAAGAUGAUUUGUUUGAAUUAAGCGGUGAUCAUUGUGUAUUACAAGACGGUUACGGAUCAGUAACCGAUAAUUUAGCACAUUUUAUUACAUCUGGUCAGUCAUUAACAGUUGGAUUAAAACCUCGUGAUAAUCAUCUUACAUCUGUAAUAACAACAACAUCGUCAUCAAAUUCAUCCACUUAUAAACUUGGACCUGGUCAUAUUGAAUUGAAAAGUACAGUUAAACGUAUUUCUUACUCUAAUACAGGUGUUCAAGUGGAUGUCCUUAAUUCGGCAUUUAGUCAAGAUGAUUUAAUUGAAUAUGAAGCAGAUGCUUUAAUUUGUACUCUACCAUUAGGUAUCUUAAAAGAAAUUAUCCAACAAGAUAAUGAAACAACCAUGCAUCAAUCACAAAUUACAACAAAUGAAUCAUCUAACAAUUGUCUUACAAAAUUAGUUGUACCACGUUUUGAGCCACGUUUGCCUGAUUGGAAAAUUUCAGCUAUUCAGCGUUUAGGAUUUGGUGUAUUGAAUAAGGUUGUACUUAUAUUUGAGAAGAGUUUUUGGGAUCGUUCACACAAUCUAUUUGGACAUGUGAAUGAAUCAACAAAUUCGCGUGGUGAAUUAUUUUUAUUCUGGUCAAUUACUGAUAAGCCUGUAUUGAUAGCAUUAAUUGCUGGUCGUGCUGCAUGUGAUUUAGAAAAUGAGAAAACUUCACCUACACGACGUCUAUCACCAGGAUCUAAAGGUCAAAACUCAUUAGUCAAUAAUUCUGCCACACCAACAUCUCAUCUAUUAGGUCGUGGACUUAAAGAACCUAUUAUUAUACGAGCUAUGCAAGUUCUUCGUGGUAUUUUCAGCCAAGAAGGUAGUAGUAGUGUUAGUAACAAUAAUAAUAACAGUAACAUUAGUAAUUGUAAUGGUGGAAUGCAUAGUAAUCAAGAAAAGAAGAAACUUAUUAUACCAAAUCCAAUUGAUGCAUAUGUCACGCGAUGGAGAACUGAUCCAUAUUCACGUGGAUCUUACUCAUAUGUUGCUGUUGGAGCCACAGGUGCUGAUUAUGAUAUUCUUGGUGAACCAGUUUAUUACUCUAGUAGUUCCAGUGAUGAUAUUUCUAUGCCAACUAAUAAUCCUCGUAUAUUUUUUGCUGGUGAACAUACUUGCCGUUGUUAUCCAGCUACUGUGCAUGGUGCACUUUUAAGUGGUCUACGUGAAGCAGCUCGUGUAGCUAAUCAUUACUUUCCAGGUCAAACACCUACGUCGUGUUUCGAUUUCAAUGUCUCCACCAAAUCACCGGAUACAACAGUAAAGUGCUUAUCAAGUGCCAAUUCGUCAAGACGCAGAAAUCGGUCAAGAAUUACGGAACAAGACAAAGCUAUUCUAAGGUUGAAGAGGCAACGUGACAAACUCAAUCAGUUGACCAAUAAGCUAGAUAACCGGAUGGAAAAUGAAAAAGUUCUUGCCAAGGAACUUAUUAGGCAAGGUAAAAAGGAGCGGGCUCUGUUGCUGCUGAAAAAGAAGAAGUAUCUCGAAAACCUCAUUCAUAAAACCAGUAUUCAACUGUCAAACAUCGAACAACUUGUCAAUGACAUCGAAUUCGCUCAAAUAGAAGUGGAGGUUUUAGAUGGGUUAAAGUGUGGGAACAAGGCUCUCCAGGAUAUCCAAAAGGUAAUGUCGUUAGAUGAUGCAGAACGGAUUAUGUCAGAAGCUCAGGAUGCUGUGGAAUAUCAACGUGAGUUAGAUGAUGUCGUUUCUGGCGGUCUGUCCUCUAACGAUUACCACGAAAUUGAGUGUGAAUUAACUCGUCUCGUAGAACCUGAAGUUAUCGAUCUCCCACAUGUGCCUGAUCAUCCCAUAGAUCCGUUUGUUGAAAAAAAAUCAAAAGAUCCUGCACGCAGAGAGCGAAGCAGAGAAGCAUUAGCAGUUGGUAGUUAA